CAAAACAUAAGUAUGCUCUGAAAGUGAACAACCAGGUGGAUGCACGUGAUUUGGAAGAAUCGACUGGAAAUACAGAAUGAAAAGUUGAUUCUUGAGAGGAAAACAGCUUUAACCGGGACGCGGAGGGAUUUCCGUGUUACAUAAGAGCAUAGGAAACAUCUGGUUGUCUAUUUAUAACCUCUGAUCUAAAUCCACUCUCAUGGAGAUCCACAGCUGCCGUACAUUCAAGCUAUUCUACGCUUUACCAGUUCUCAAAUGUCUUCAACCCGCUUUCUUUUUUAUUUUAUUUUAUUUGUGUAUUUUUAAUUUUUACUCUUGCAUUUGUUUUCCUCCAGAUGCGUGCAGCCUUGGAGGUGAAAACAACCAUCAGAGUUUUCUUCAAGGUCACGCAGUGAAAGCUGGGGGUGGGCGCGCGGGGGGCUGCGGUCUCUAUUGGCGGACUGUAGGUGGCAGCAGCGAGCCGCGUGUCCCGGGAACCACCGAAGAAGAAAGCUGCUCCCCCGCUGCUGCACAUGUUUACUGACCGUGGAAGAAUGGACGAAGAAGAAACGGCGGGUUACGCGCAGCCGUGCGCUCAGUGCGCAGCCGUGGACUGGGGCCUCACGGAGGAGGGUCGCUUCUUCUGCAGGUCCUGCCACAAUGUCAUCGAGAGAACCAAGGAGGUGGUCGACCUCUCCUUCAUCCAGGGAGCCAAUCGGAUCUCCACCCUCAGCAGAGACUCCAGAAAAAAGACAACAGGUGGGGGUCACAUGUGGAUGGUCUGUGAAGGUUUCCAGGUUAUCCUGAUGAACCAGGCGGAUGCACUGAUAAGACUAGGAGUCCAUCCUCACUUCAAGGACGGCGUGCUCCGUCAGCUGUGGAGACUCUACCUGCAGAAGAGCCGGCAGGCUUACUGCGUCAACCGGAUUCGGAGCGCCAAGUUCAGAUUGGGAGCCACAGACUCGGAUUCAGACAGUGGAGCUGAGACGUCUGCAGCCAGCGGGACGGAUGGAGAGUCAUACCCCCCCAGCAGCCCCAGCUCUAAAGGAGGCAGUGACUGGUCCGGGUCCGUGGACAGCCUCUGUUACCUGACGCCUCGGCAGAGGCGGAGCCGCAGCCUCCUGAGCCUGAAGAAGACCUUGGCUCUGAUCCACUUGGCUCUGGUCUGGAGCCGAGAGGCGCUGACUCUCAGCGACCUGCUCUGGCUGGUGAACUGCGGAUGUGUCCCGUAUGUGAACGCUCAUGAACAACUCCCAGAGCAGAUGAAGCUGUACGGCAAAGAUGCUCUUCUGUUUAAUGUAGAGACAGUCCCCUCUCACCGCUCGCUGCAUAAGGAGGCUCAGGAUCUGCUUCGGUUCCUGCAGCUUCCAGCAUUUCCUCCCAUCAGCCAGCAGACUCUGAUGCACCCGGCGCCACUGAGCCUGCGUUAUCUGAUCGAUGCAAACCUGCCCGGUGAGCUGCACAGGUGGGUCUGCAGAGUGACGGAGCUGGCAGGUUUGUUCCAGGAAAGCAGCCAGACGAUCCACCCUGAGCGUCAGCCCAGCCUGCUGCGGUACGACCUGCAGGCGGCGGCGCUCAUCAUCGUCACCAUGAAGCUCCUCUUUGGCCUGGACGACCACUCCGAAUGGGAGUUAUCCAACAACGCCGGCUGCACAGACGGCGAGGGGGCUCAGUUUAAUCUGCGGAGCUGGUACAAACUGAUGCAGGCCGCUCAGAUCCGAGCUCGGCACAGGAGGGAGCAGGAUACAGCCAGGAGACAGUGGACAGCCAAAACACCCGUUGUCUCCAGAAAGAAGGACAAAAGUUGGAUCAUGAAGAAGAAAAGAGUGGCAGAGCAGCUGCAGCUGUGCUUUGAGAAGCUGUCCUCUCAGCCCGAGGGCCUUAAAGAAGCCCCCCCCUCCAGCUUCAGGUUCUGCUGGGGCGAGCAGAAGGGAGCUGACGGCCCCAGUCUUCACCACACCGGGCUGGAUGGAGUGGUGGGUCUUAAAAAUGGCAUUCUCACCCCCCACAACCAGUCCUACUGGCAUUCGUCGCUCAGACCCUGCAAUCCCGGGAGAUGCCAAAACCACCUGUCGGAUUUGGAAAAGACGCUGCCGAGCUCCUUUGUUUGGCUGCUGGGACUGUUCUCCUUCCUGCUGGACGUGAAGCCCAGCUACCUGUACGAAGAGGUCCUGAGUGUGGAGAGACGGGUGUUUGCGGACCGCAGACAGGACGGAAACCAGGACCAGAACUUUGGCUCAGACCUCUGAAGGAAGUUAAACUCCUCAAACUUCUGCCAUCAUCUGCCUCAUCCAUUCACCUCUAGAGAAGAAUAUGUUCAAUGAUGUUUUAAAAAGAUGCAGCAUGAGAGGAAAUCUCUUGUUAGGUGGGGGGUCAGUCUGUGGACCGGAUCUUCAGGAGCUGUCUGAAGCUCUUUUCAUAGUUGCCUGAGUUUGGGUUUUUGCCUGUCAAAGCAGAGUGACAGGUCUUUAGAGCUCUUCCGUUUCAGACUCCAGAAGCUCAUGAUGCUUCUUUUGCUAAAUGUUCUGGCCGUGCGUGUUCAGCUGAAAUCUCAGCGCACGCACACGGACAGAGCUGGAGGACCAACAUAAAACUGGUGAUAGACGUUGACUGUGGGAAUGAGAAGCUGUUAUCCUCCACCCAGCUUUGACUCAUCUCAGAUCAUAAAGCUGUCUUUAAAGAGGCACGAUAACUCCAACACAAGUCCUGUUUCAGUGACGGCUGUCAUGAUCGAGGAAACGGACGUGAGAAGAAGCAUCUGCUCAGGUCUGGCAUGUUCAACACUGGCUACUCUUUGUAGAAUCAGGGUUCUCACGGGGUCUUAAAAACAUUGAAUUAUGACUUUGGAAAUAGCAUUAAAAAGACUUAAAAAAUCUUAAAUUUUGAUAUCUGAACUUUUAAAAAUUGUGCUGCUUCAAAUUUCCCAGUUUCACAUCACAUGUCAAAAUUAACUCUUUCCAACUAAGAUUAUUUUGAUCAAAUGAUGUAAAAAAGAUUUUGUAUUCUUUAAUAUGAUUUUUUUCAUUGGAAUACUUAAAAAUGUGAAUUAAUUAAGAAAAAAGAAAAUAAUGAAAUAGUUUGAAAAAUUGGUCUUAAUUUUUAACAUGCAUUGCCUUAAAACAUCUCAAAAAGUCUUAAUUUUAACUUGAAGAAACUGGUGGGAACUCUGUAGAAUGCAAGUAUAAAAUGAUUUGAUUUAUCAUUAAAAUGGGUUUUUUUUUAAGUAGCAGUUUUCUUUUGAAUUCUGAUGUGCAGUGUUUGCAGCAGAGCAGUUUAAGAUAUCUGUGUUUGGUAACGCUGUGACAGUUUCUCAGUAACAUUACUGUUUUUGAUUGUUAACACGCCACUACCAUUUCUGAAAGUUAAAUGAUCUGUCAGAAGGGUAAAUGAGAGGCCUAACUGUAGGAUGAGUGAUUAUGAUUAUGUCUUAAUGUCUUAAACACAAACCAGGACACUUUUAACACACCAAACAGGUGAAAGAUGCUGUUGAAAUGGAGAAUCUGGAGCAGCUUGAGGAAAAGUGGACAUUAUCCAGGUAGAGACAUGCUUUACAGAUGUAAACCAGAACAGCUCUUUGAGAUUGUAACUUUCAUUUCAUUAAAGUCCCCCUCUGAUGAAAA